UUGUCAGAUCUGCCCCAAUCAUUGGUGGAAGCAUGGGAGAUACAGCUUAUGAUUCAACUUCAGAUGUGGAACUAACCAAAUUAUUUACCACUUCGAAGUUACCUGGAUUUGAAGUUGGCCCUAAUCUUUGGUGCAUUUUUCGAAUUAUUCCACAAAUUCAUAAUUUUGAUAAAUCAACGUUCACCCAAACUUAUCAUGUGGAAGUCUCGUAUAAGCGCAUUGAAUUCCCAUUUCUUCAGUUGGCUGCUAAUAUGGGUGGUUUUGUGAGCCUUUUAAGUGCACUUUAUUUCUUUUUGCUUGGAUCAAAACGUCUUGAUCCGUGGGGUGCAGUUCAAAGAUAUAUUCUUAAAUCGAUUCCACCUCCACCAACCGUAUCCCCAUACACAAACACAUUAAAUAAAAAUCAGCAAAUAUCAUAUCGAUAUGGCAACGCAUACCGUUCAAUAGGUAUCUCUUACUAUGACCCACAGGUUAAACGCUUAAGAAAAGAAUUACGAGCUGAAAUGCAUGCAAUUGCAAACGACAUUGGAAAAUUGAAAUUAUAUUUAAGUCAAUAUUUGCAAGGUGUUAUACCACAAAAUGAAUAA